CUCCUUUUGCUUAGCACGUGUGUGGAACCCCGUUCUAGAAUGAACCCUAAAUAUCAAAGAAGUCGAAAGGUGUCCCUCAAAGAGCGACUAUGUCAGGUCACUUGUGGCUGGUACUCAAUGUCCAUGGCCACGGGUGGUAUUGCGGUUAGGUUCAAAAUACACCCCACCAGUUCACCGGCCUCGAAACGAUGGGAAAGAUGUAGCGUCCAAGGCCAAAUACAGGGCCUCUGCAUGUACAGCAGUCAGUAUAGAAGGUUCUAACGAUCACCUGGCCAAACAUGCCAAGGCUGCAGUAAUAGGCUGCCUGAGGCAUCAAGCCAACCAUGGGAACGCGCAUCUUCUUUCUCCAAUUCUGUCGCAGGCCUUUUCCUC